AUGCGUUUCUUCACCACCCUUGCCGCCGUCGUCUCCUCCGCCACUGCCGUCGCCGCAGUCGGCUCAGCUCACGUCGUCAACCAGUGCGACGAAGACGUAUCAGUUUGGUCCGUUGGCGGCGAGGUCGCCGGUCCCUGGCGCCUCAAGGCCAACGGCGGCUCCUACAGCGAAGAGUUCUCGCGCGACGCGGUAACCGGCGGGCGUUCCCUCAAGGUCACCAUCCCCGAGGACGGCCUCUGGACCGGCGCUCCCCAGACCAACUUCGCCUACAACCUCGACGGCUCCCAGGUCUGGUACGACCUCAGCGACGUCUUCGGAGACGCUUUCGAGGGCCACAAGCUGACCGUCUCGAGCGAUAACGGCGGCUGCGCACCCAUAGUUUGGGAGGACGGAACCCCUCCUGCCGGUAGCCAGGUCAAGGUUUGCACUAGCGACGACGACCUUGUUUUCACACUCUGCGCCGCCUAA